GAGCGUGUCAGACAUAGAGAAAAUAUUUCAGUAACUUGCAGACACCUCCAUAAUGACCGUCAAGACGCUGCUUCUGGCAGCAACGUUGACCGCUGCAGCAUCUGCACGCCAGCCACGCGACAACAGUCCACUCUUCACGACGGAACAAUGCCAGGUUCGCACGCUCAAUAGCGAAGACCACGCUGCUAUGCUCGCAGACUUGGAUGCAGUGUGGCUCGUGGGCUACUACGCCCCCUGGUGCCCGCAUUGUCGCCAAUUUGCUCGAGCAUGGGAGAAAGCCGCAGCUUUCUACGCCGAUAACGCCAACGUCAACAUCGCAGCCGUGGACUGCACGCAGAACAGCGAGGUGUGCAACAAAGAGGGUAUUACGGGAUACCCUACAAUUAAGUUGGAUCAUGUACCACCGGAGAGCACGGAACCCGUUAAAAUGCCUCAUAAGAAUCGUAAAAACACCAACACAGUCAUCGCCUGGGUGGAAGAGCAAAUGGAGGCACACGGCUUGAAAAUCAGCGCCAACACCGACAAUAUUGAUGCACACAUCGAGAAAGUCAACAAUGGUUGUGAGAUGGGCACUGUCCCUAACAUUGUGAAGGCCUCAAAGACUGCCAAGCACGAGCUAAAUGACUUGAGCAUGGAGAUGAAGUACAAGAGGCUGCACGAUGCAGGAAUCGCUGCUGUGUCCACGUUUGAGAACGGAUUUUAUGUUGGCACGACAAUGCUGGAAGGAGAGAGAUACGACGCUGCUGUGAAGUGGGUCGAAGCACUGGCCAAGUCCUUUCCGAUGGCAGGAAACCGUGUAGCGUUAUCGUCGCUGGUAGAUAUAAUAAAGGAGCAGAACAAAUGGAAGCAGAACGAUUGGAACACACUUCUAACCGAGUGGAAGAAGAACGCGACGACAACCAGCUUCCCUGCGAGCUUAUUUGAAUCAAGCGAGAAGAAGAACUGGGCGUACUGCACGACGUACACGUGUGGUGUCUGGACGCUGUUCCAUACGAUUAGUGUGAGCGAUAUCCCGUCAGACACGGCGUUGAAGCCCAGUGAGAUCAUGACUGCGAUUCGACUGUUCGUCAAGUACUUUUUCAGCUGCGAGGAGUGCCAGCGACAUUUUAUGCUGACCAACCCGGAGAGCUUGCUCGAAAAGCUGGCAGAAAGCGACGCGGAGGGUCCUCGCGCCGUGGCAAUUUGGAUCUGGAAGAUGCACAACAAGGUCAACAAGGUAUUGAAGUACCACCAGUGGUCGACGCUGGAAAGCUGUCCCAACUGCUAUGUGAACGAUGGUGAGCCGCUGGACCUGAAUCCCGCACGACUGCCUCGUCAAGUAGAAAAGAAGUUGUUGGUGGCCGCAGCCAAGAACGGAUUUGCCAUCCCGUGUGACUUGGAUGCUACCGCGUUCUUACUGACUCACCCACGCGGCGCCUACACCACUGCGCGCACCGUGCUGCAGACCAAGAUCUUCGACUAUGAAGCGCAUAUUCGUCGUCUAGUGGAGUCUACGAUCGCCAUGCAGAGUGAGAAGCAGCUGACUCCGAGUGCCGUGGAGAAGGAGCUGAGACCAAGGACCGAGGCCACUAUAGUCGCUGCGAUGACAGCGUUCAAGGGGCUAUACGAGGCACAAAAGAAUCAAGAGUACAAGAUCAAUGUACUGGUGUGUCCUACCGAGGGUGACAAGGUGGACGGGGAAGUACUGGCAGACACAGACGUGUUUUGUCAUGUGGGAUUUCUACCUCCGCUACGUUCCGGAAUGGUGAAGCUGGAAGUGGCAGGUCUGCCGCGUCAUAAUGCUGCGGCGAAAGACUCGGCCUGGGUGAAAGAACGGAAGGCUAUUUAUGACAGGAUGGCGCCAGAUAUGGAGGAAGUGAUCCUCAUGGACCCAGUGACUCGACACUUACUGGAAGGCUCGCAAACGAACUUCUAUACGAUCCAGGAUGGAGCAGUGUAUACAGCAGAGGAGGGGAUUCUCAAGGGAACGGUGAGGUCCCUAGUGCUGGACGUCUGUGAGGAAAAUGGGAUCCCCGUGAAGCUGACGCCUCCAACGCUGAAUGACGUGGACAAGUGGCAGGGAUGUUUUAUAUCCAGCACGUCCAGACUGGUGUUGGGAGCCAAGUCGUUGGAAUAUGAACACCCUGACGCCAAUAAAACCACGACUCGGAGUUUCCUGCCGAAUCCGAUCUUAGAUCAAAUCACAAGUGUAGUUCGUCACGCCGUGAUCGGUAAGAGCACGGAAGUAUUCAAGUAGUGUCUUCAGUAUCAAUUCUAGCACUCCCCCUUACGACAAUUGUGUCGUCCUCUUCAGUCUCUUGUGCGGUUCCUUUAGUAGCAAUGAAGGAAGCAUUUUGUUGACUUGGUUCA